AUGGCGGGGCAGUCCCAGCCGCUGCAGUUCCCCUACCCCUUUACCCACCCCCCCCGCUCCCUCCCGGGCCCCCCCCCGGGGCGGCCUCGAGAUGUUGAUGAGCCAGAAAAACACAAGACCGAGCCCCACGUCUUAGAGUGGCUACUGCGGGCCAAGGCGGAGCUGAGGGCCCCCCCGGAGCCGGACUCUGGCGGCCAGGCUGAGGGUCUUGGGGGCCCCCAAGAGAGGCGGGGCGCCCCCGAUGCGGGUGAGCCCGAGGGGGCCUGGGGCCCCCGGGACCCCGGAGGGGUCCCCGCGGGGGGCCCCCCCAUUGAUAGACCCAAAGCCAGAGACUGGAAAGAAGAGAUCCAGACAGCUUUGAGAUAUUCCCAAGAAGUCCCUUUCUGCGAAGCCGGGGCACACAGCGGCCAGGGGGCCCCCACGGGCAGCGCAGCGCAUGGAGCCUCGAGGCGGGGUGCCCCGAGGAAGGAUCCGGGGGCCCCCACCUCUGCAUCUGAGGCGGAUGCAGGGGCCCCUCGCCCCUCCAGGAGGCGCCCUGUGGGCUCUGCUGCUGCAGCUGCUGCUGCAGCAGCAGCUGCAGGCGGCCCCCUAGGGGCCCGUGGGGGAUCCCAGGAGGGGGCCCCCUCCCCUCCAAGUAAUGGGGUGCCCCUCAGCACAAGUCUGAGCUGGACAGAGAGUGAUGAAGAUGGCAUGCCUGUCUUUCUUUCGGGGGAGGGUAGCACACUGCUGGGCAAGCAGUAUGGGGGGCCCCAGUGGGGCCUCGACGAGAAGCAGGCUGGGGAGCCCCCUGGGGGCCCCCUAGCCCAGGGGGAGGGGCGGGUACGAGGGGCGACCUCGCCGAGCCCCUCUGGGUCCGAUCUUGCUGCUACUGCUGCUGCUGCAGGUCCUGCAGCCGCAACUGCUGCUGCUGCUGCUGCCGCGCCUGCAGCAGCUGCUGCAGCUGCCUCUCGGGGUGCAGCGGACAGUGCUCGCGGGCGGCCGCCGCUUCUGUCUGGGGUCCCCGUGGAGGCCCCUGAGGCCCUUCAGGGGCCCCUUGCUAGCUGCGCUGCAGAGGGGCCCCCAUCAGCCGAAGCAGCAGCUGCUGCGGGGCCCCCCCCCAAGGGCAACACGCAACUGCCGUUCACUGGGGAUCGGUCGAUCCCAGCUUCUCCCCACGGCUGUGGGGCCCUCGCCCCACAGUUCUCUCCUGUGGCCUACCAGGUGUCCCCGCAAGGGCCUCAGGGGGCCCCGAAGGGGCCCCCCUUGAAGGUGGCGGACCUCCCGCUGUCGCCGGGGCCCCAGGGGAGGCCCUACAGGCCAGCCAACAGCAAGCUGCGGGGGCAGCAGGCCGCUGCUGUGGAGCUGCUGCGGCCGGAGGAGCAGCUGCAGCCGCAGAAGCAGCAGCAGCAACAGCAACAGAUGCUAGAACAGAAGGACCAGCAGCAGCAGCAGCAGCAGCAGCAGCAGAGGCAAGAAUGGGCCGCCUGCAGGAACAGCACAGCACUUGAGCUAACUGAAGCUACUGACGCUCCCUGGCUGUCGUUAGCAGCCGCAGAGCUGCCUUCCGCAGCGACAGCGAAAACAGCUACAGGAACAGCAGCAACAACAGCAGCAACAACAACAGCAACACCAACAGCAGCAGCAGCAGCAGGGAAACCCCAGACAGCGACUGCCGCACAGGUUGCAGCCAUGCUCCCGCCUGAGUCAUUUGCUACAAGGGUUAGGAGGGCUGCGCUUCAACAGCAGCAGCAGCAGGAACUGCAGCAGCAGCGAAUGCUACAACAUCACCAAGAGCCGCUUCAGCAGCAGCAGCACCACGAAUCGCAACAACAGCAACUCAGACAGCAGCAGCAACAGGAACAGCAGCUGGUACUGCAGCAGCUGCAGCACCAAGAGGGGCAAAUAUAUGCCCAGCAUAUGCAUCAGGCAACCGCCGUGUAUUCUUCCAUUCCACAAGACCAACAGCAGCAGCAGCACCAGCAGCAGCAGCUUCUCUUUUUUCAGCAGCAGCAGCAGCGGCUGCAGCAGCCGCUGCAAGCUUUCGCAUCCCCCCACCCCGAAAUCGCACCCCAAUUAUCGCAGCAGCUCCUGCCGCAGCAGCAGGUGCAGCAGCAGCAGCAGCAGGAGUGGUUCGUGUGGCUCCAGUCAACAGCCUCCGUCCACCAGCAGCUGCUGCUUAGGGGGCCCCCAGCUCCAGCCCUCCAGGAGCAGCAAGAGGGGCAGCUCUUUCUGCCUCCUUUGCCCCCCGCCAGGUCUCGGGCGAAGCAGCGCCCCUGCUCUUUGGGCGCGUGGAUAGGCCCGGGCUGCUGA